GGACCUACAGAAUAGGGUUGGGGACUCAGCACUGAUGGAAGCAGCCUACUGGGGUAAGACUGAUGUUUUGGUGGAGUUGGUGAAGGGAGGAGCCAAUUUGGACCUACAGGAUAUGGUGUGUAUAGUGAUGAAUACCGGGUACCGUAUUCUCCUGAGUCUAAGUCACACUUUUGAAUUUCUUACUGUGCUCGCUCUUAGAACUGAUAAGCAGUUUUCUAUGCUGUAUGGCUACUGUGCAACUUUUAACUUAGCCUUUGAGUAUGUACGUACGUACUGUACCUCAAUGCAGCAAUAUGUACUUUUACAUUGGGGUGCAAGCCAUUUUCCACCAUGAAUUAUGGUUAGGAAUUUUAAAAACAAUAUUACUCAACCUUACUGGUAGGAAUAUCAGAGCCACUUGAAUGUACUGCACGUGUGCAUUUCAUGACACUGGCGUAGGAAAAACGCAAAUUCGCAUACAUAGAGAUGACACAUUGUUUGUUGUCAAGUUGCAUGUGGCGGCAGAAAACGUGGUAACAGACAGACAGACAGACAGGCACAAAAACUAACAAACCAAGUACCGUAACCCUCGCUGCGCAUGCACGCCGAGGGUUAACUAGAGCGUUUAACUCUGUAGCAUAACUUGUUCGCCUCCUCUAGUGAAGAUGAGAGAGAGGAAGAAUCUCCUUUGCCAUGGAAUCUACAUGUACAUAUCUCUAACACUCUGAGCCUUACUGGUCGGAAGAUCAGAGCCACUUCAUCAUGAAUGUUAAUACACCUGUGUAUUCUAUAAUGAGAAUCUCUCAUCACACAGUAUGGGGAGUCAGCACUGAUGAGAGCAGCCUGGGAGGGUAAGACUGAUGUUGUGGUGGAGUUGGUGAAGGGAGGAGCCAAUUUGGACCUACAGAAUAAGGAUGGAGACUCUGCAGUCAUCAGAGCUGUAGUGGGUUAUGAACCAGCCACUCUGAGGGAGCUAGUGAGGGCAGGGAGUGACCUCAACCUCCAGAACCAGGAGGGACUCACUCCACUAAUGAUAGCUGUCAGGAGUGGGAGAACUGACAUUACUAACAUUCUACUGGAGGGAGAACACAUCAACGUGGACAUUCAGGAGAAUUAUACCAUUUACAGGAAUAAGGGGUGUCAGCUUAGUGCUUACAAACGGAGAUUGCUGAGGUCAAGGCUGAGGAAGGAGAGGAAGGGAGGCCUCAUCGCACUGGGGAAGAGAGACCUCAGUAUAACUAUGAGGGAGAGUCCUCAGACUGUGGCCAUCAGUGCUCCUCCCACUCAACAGGACAGUUCUACUGUUGAUCAGGACACUCCUCUUACUCAACAGGACAGCUCUACUGUUGAUCAGGACACUCCUCCCACUCAACAGGACAUCAUUGAUACCACCCAGAUCACCUCUCAUCAGAGAAGAGGAAGAAGAAACAUAUCUCAGGCUCUGAGGAACCUGGUGAAAAGGUCAGGACAGAUAGCAGUCCAGAUCUUCAAUGACCUGGACAGACGUCUCAAGUCAGCUGACAAGAAAGACCAGCCAGGGCUCAGAGCAGAGGGUAGGGGUCAGGGAAGCGAGGGGAAACAGAAAAUGGACAAUAGAAAGAGUCGUUCUGAAAACAGGAAACCAUCCACUACUACUAGUACUGUCAAGUAGAAAUGUGUCCAUUACCAUAUUUCCGCUUUUUCACAAUAAUUAAAGUGUAGCAUUAUUAUGCAUUAUUUUGCUUUAUGAACACUUUUAAAAACAUUUUGUCAUGUGUAUUUUGUCAAUCAACAUCUACAAUAUCUACAACAUUAUUAUUGUGACAAGCAGCCUGCACUGUUUUCCAUUCUCUGAGUUAACAUUGGCUGCUGGAUCAAAAACCGACCCAGCUUAUGUUGUAGUAU